AUGGGUGACCAAGCUUGUGAAGAAGAACGGGGCAGCAACAACACACUGCUACAAUUUCUAUGUGGUUAUGUCAGAAAGGUUCAUGUUGGCUGGGACUGGAUCAGGUGCGGACACGCUGAGGAACUCCUUCGCCCUCAAGAAGUUGACAGCGUCCUUCUUGCUCUGGUAUGCAACACAUGCAAUGUUAACAUCAACAUGCUUCAUGGCAUUAUUGGGAUUCAUGUUGUGGACGGCGAUCCAGUGGGUGACCAAACUGGUGAAGAAGAACGGGACAGCAGCAGCACACUGUUACGACUUCUAUGUGCCUAUGUCAGAGAGGUCCAUGCUGGCUAG